AUGAAUAUAGAGAAGCUUCUUAAUGCAGAAAGUGGAAGAAUGUGGUAUUCGCUUCGACAUGGUGUGAAUGAAAUAACAAGUACAAAUACAUUUAUGGGGAACUUAUGGGUGAGCAAAGAUAGUUAUGCAGAAAAGGAGCCACCGGUCAAGAUAAUUAGACAGAUUGAGGGUCCGACAGAGCACAAGUACUUGACCUCCGAGGAUGUUACACUCCAGUGUGAGCUGACUCGGCUGGAUGGUGUUGCCAAAUGGUACAAGGAUGGGGAGAAGGUGGUGGACAACGAGAGGAUCUCCAUUGGGAGUGAAGGAACAUUCCGGUCACUGCGAGUACUGGACGCUCAGAUAACAGACUCAGGAGAGUACCUCUGUGAUAUCCAGAGUGACAGCAUUGUAUUCAGAGUGUGCGUGGAAGUGCCGCCGAUUGAGAUAAUCAGACAGACUGGGGGUCCGGCAGAUCGCAAGUACUUGACUUCCGAGGAUGUUAUGCUCCAGUGUGAGCUGUCUCGGCCAGAUGGUGUUGCCAAAUGGUACAAGGACGGGGAAAAGGUGUUGGAAAACGAGAGGAUCUCCAUUAGGAGGGAGGGAACGUUGCGGUCACUGCGUGUACUGGACGCUCGGACGACAGACUCGGGAGAAUACCUCUGUGAUGUCCAGAAUGACAGCCUUGUAUUCAGAGUGCGUGUGGAAGGUAACACAAAUCGAGCUCAGUGCCCUCAACUGUCUGAACUUAAACCUGACCAUUCCUAA